GCAACACAGCUAUAUUCCGCUCGACAACCUGCCACGGAGCAGGCUAGUUCAGCGGUACAAGUUACCUUGGUUACUUAGCUAGGAAACCAUUAAACCACUGUAAUUAAACGGAACUCGCGGAAACUUGCGAGAUUUAUUGAAAUAAACCUGUCUUUUCCUUAAUCUACGUUUAUAUAAUACCCCACAGGUAGCUACAAAGACCGACAAGGAAGUGCAUUGAGGCUAUAUCACAACAAACUACCUAGAAUUGUUGGUUAGCUCAACGUUACUUUAUUUAUCUGAUGUUUGCAGCAGACAGUGUGAAAAUGACAAAACUACAACUUUUGAAUUCCUAUCUCACUGAGCGUUUAAUGGUGGCAAUUGGAGAGAUUCUGGAGGUUGUCGAGGAGACUGUUCUAAAAUAUGAGGAGGAGACUACCCGAACUCGUCAAGAAAACCAAGUGUUGAAACGACGGUUGCAUGAAAUUGGACUUGGAGUAGAGUGGACAGGUUCCAUCAGACCACUGUCAUCUUCUGAGACAGUCUCUCCUGCUGGUCAGCACCAGUGGAGUUCCAACCAGGGACAAGACAUAGAACCCUCAUUUACUGGAGAGGACAAUGCAGUCUCUGACCAGAAUGAAGGCCCUACCAUACCUAACCAGGGGACCACAGACUGCAUCCAGUGGAAAUAUCUCUACAAAUCAAGUUCAGAGUCCACACAUAGUCCUGGUCCAGAGACAAUUUCAUUAGGAACAUCUGUUUUGACAAAUAUGAAAAAGGAUUUGGACUGUAAUUCUUGUUUGCUAUAUAGUCCCUUGGACAAAUGUAUUGUGGAUAGAAUAGAUGUACACUGUGGUCUUGAAGCCAUCAAAGUUGAACCCCUUGACCAGAGUAUUGACUCUUGUUCAGGUUCUGUUUCUGACACAGGGUUUCAUGACCUGGAGACAGCUUCAGCAUUGACAACACAUGCUGCCUCAGUCACCAGGUCUGACCUGGAGUCAGGAAGGACAGAGGUCAGAUAUAGGGACUGUUAUCUCGGUACUGACCCUGCAUCAGCUAAUGUCUCAGACCAAGAAGACAUUAUACAACACAUAGAUAAUGCUGGGAAGCUAGACUGCCUGGUCACCUCUCAAAGCAAGCCACGGUCACUGAGCAAUAUAGGUCUCAGGUCACACCCUUGUCCACACUGUGGCAAAACCUUUAGCCAUGUUUCACGACUGAAAAUACACCUGCGCAUUCACACUGGCGAGAAACCGUACGUAUGCGCCUUGUGUGGAAAACGUUUCAACAACGACGGCACUCUGCGCAACCAUCGCCGUGUCCACACAGAGUUGCGACUCUAUGAUUGCCCUAUAUGUGGAAUGAGUUUUAAAGAUGCUUACACAUGCAGAAAGCAUCAACGGGUUCAUAAUGGCAUGCAUCCUCAUUCAUGUAGUAUUUGUGGAAAAACCUUUACUACAUCUGCAAUUUUGUCCAAGCACCUCAAAACUCACAAUUUUAACAUUGGAUGAGUUAUGAGUUACAAUUGGUGGCUAUUAGGAUCGAGUUAACAAAGGUUGAGUGACUUUGUUUAAGAACUUAGGGUGUGUCUGUUUAUAUGUGUACACAUUUUUGUAGAAACAUCACUGUGUGUGGUGUUUGUAUGUGGAAUGGGUCUGUAUACUGACCUUGGAUCUUGUUUAGCAAUCCAUCCACAUACAAUCUGUGUUGGUGGUGGAUAUCUUGUCCAAAUGUAAAACAAACCGCUUUAUCCUUUGGAAUCAACAAUUUGCUUGCUUUUUAUAUCAAAUUCUUUGUCAAAAUCCAAGAAAAUCAUAACUGCAGUGAAGAGCUACAGUUGAAACUGACUGCCAGGAUUUAUAAACAGGACCUAGUUGGGUGUGCUUUGCCUUCGGCAAGGGCACAACCUUUGUUCUCUCACAUAUAUCUUAUUAUUGGGUGUGCUUGCCUUCGGCAAGGGCACAACCUUUGUUCUCUCACAUAUAUUUAGGGUUCCUCCGGUAGGAGGGAACCUAUUGUUUUUGUUAGUAUUCUUAUUAUUAUAUUUCUCCGCUAAAUGGCCCAAUAGCUCAAAAAGUCCUUGACCCGAUUUUUUCAAAUUUGGCCCAAUGAUACACCAGGUCACUCACUACUUCCAGACCACUAAUGGCCCAUGUACGCCCAUAGGUGGCGCUAUAAGCCACGCCCAAAGUCUACGUGAUUUCCCCAGCGCCCCAUUAUUCCAAAAUGCCUGAAAAUAGGUAUACAUGCCUUAUUUCUCAUGGGGAACAAAAAAGCCUCAAGAACCCAUAAGGUCCGCCAUGAUAGAUGUUGCUGUACUGUCCAAAUUUGGUACAACCUUCAAAACCCUUCUCCUCAUGAACCAUAGGUCCAAUCGACCUAUUGUUACAGAUUUGUAGAAUACAUGUCUUUCUAUAGGGUGAAAUUGAAUAAGGAAUGCAAUACAAAAUGGCUGAAAGAAGUGUAUUUAUGUAAAUGUCCACAUUGCCACAAUAUCUUUGUGUUAAUAAAUCAAAUAUAAUUUU